CUCUCCGGCUCCGGUGAAUCAGCUGACGAAUGGUAUCUCCCUCCUCUCGCGGAUGGAUCGCGCCGCUGAAGCCGGGCAGCCUGAGCGCUGACACAGGAGCAGGUUGCCCACCGCCCGCUCUCCUGCUGCUGGAUGUCUCACCGUCCGACCGUCAAGUGAAAACACUUCGCUACUCCCCAAAAAAGAGAGUUGUUUCAUUUUUUCACCUCGGGCUGGAAGCUACCCGCUUCCCCUCACCAUGGCUUCCAACUUCAACGACAUAGUCAAACAGGGAUAUGUGAGGAUACGGAGUAAGAAACUGGGGAUCUUCCGGAGGUGUUGGCUGGUGUUCAAGAAGGCCUCCAGUAAGGGACCCCGACGGUUAGAGAAGUACCCAGACGAGAAGGCAGCCUACUUCAGGAGCUUCCACAAGAUCACUGAGCUCCAUAACAUCAAGAACAUUACCCGGAUGCCGCGGGAGACAAAAAAGCACGCUGUGGCGAUCAUCUUCUGUGACGACACAUCCAAGACGUUUGCCUGUGAAUCGGAGCUGGAUGCAGAGGAAUGGUGUAAGCUGCUGUGCGUGGAGUGCCUGGGCAGCCGUCUCAACGACAUCAGCCUGGGAGAGCCAGACCUGUUAGCAGCGGGGGUGCAGCGGGAGCAGAACGAACGUUUCAACGUGUACCUAAUGCCCACGCCUAACCUGGACAUCUACGGGGAGUGCACCAUGCAGAUCACCCAUGAAAACAUCUACCUGUGGGACAUUCACAACGCCCGCCUCAAACUCGUCAUGUGGCCUCUGAGCUCCCUGCGCAGAUACGGACGAGACUCCACCUGGUUUACUUUUGAAUCUGGAAGGAUGUGUGACACAGGAGAGGGUUUGUUCACGUUCCAGACGCGGGAGGGGGAGAUGAUCUACCAGCGGGUCCACUCGGCCACGCUGGCCAUUGCCCAGCAGCAUGAGAGGAUGAUGGAGGAGAUGGAGAAGAGCUCCCAGAUCCACCCCAGAGAGACGCUAACCAAGUCCAUCUCCCUGCCACGCAGCGCCUACUGGCAGCACAUCACGCGUCAGAACAGCGUGGGAGAUCUCUACAGUUACCAAGGUAGUGGCCUGACAAUGACUUUUAUCCCUCGAGCACAGACGUUCCCCAGCUUUCUGUCUGAUGAACAGGAGGAGAGCCAGCACCAGGAAGAGGCGCCAUCGCCCUCUAGUGGCUGUGAAUCCAGUUGCAGCCUGAGACCCCUUCAAUGACAGAGAACCGCUCCACCAAAACUGGACACUUUACCCACCACUGUAGAGAGGAUGUAGAAAUAUGUAUAGUGACAUGUGUAAUAUAUCAUUUUCCUGGUGAUACAAUAGUGUCAACUGUAGAGCGAGUGAUAAAAGGACCCCGAGAAAGGAGCCUUUUUGUGUGUGUUGUGUGACAGCAGCAGUAGGUUCAAAGAUUUGCACCAAAAAUCCUGUAAGUAUUUUAUGUU